AAUGAUUUAUUAUCCUCCUCCUUCAACAAUAAUAAUAGUUCGGAACUGGCAAAAGUGAUCAAAAAUGUUAAAAGAAAUCGGUGAUUUUGAGGGAGGUUUUACGGUUUUUCGGUCGAAACUGAGGGUUUGGUGAGUGAAAAGAAUGAGGGUCCAGUUUUUGUUCGGAAUUAACUGUUGCUGAGUGAUAAAUCGCCGGUUCUUGAUGCCGCUGCAACGCCAGAAUCCACACCACAUAAUGGAAGUGGACGAGGCAAAUGAGGAAAAUCCGAAAGCUGGAAAAGAGCCUCUGACUGGCCCCUUAACUGGGGAGGUUCUUUUGGGUUCGAUCACCACAAACACAGUGGUCAAGGAGGAGAAAGGCGUCCAGAUCCGAUCAAGUGCCAGAGUUUUCAAGAAGAUGAAGCUGGAACAGGAGCAUGAUAAAAAGAAUGAAGAUAUCAAUAGCGUUGAUGCUGGUUUAACAUCUCCCAACGCAGAUCAGCAUCAGAGUGGGCUCUUUCCUAUGGAAAAUGAAGGGAAAGGCCAACCGAUCAGGUGCAGCACAAGAGUGGUUAAGAAGGUGGUUAAACAAGAACCUGCCACGAUUGCAGAAUCGAAGCCUAAGAAAGAAGAACCGAAACCGGACAUCAAAAAAGAGCUGCGAAAAUGGAAUUACCGAGACCGGGUAAUGUUCUUUGAGGCUGUGAACGAAUUCGGCAAAGACUUUGAAAGCAUCCAGCAGUACAUCAACGCAAAACUCAAAAAGAAGGGCGCCUCUGAGGAUCAAUUGAAAACAAAGGAUCAUGUGCGGACGUGCUUUAUGCGAACCUUCCACGACGUCUCCAAGCACGUAAAGUUUUCCGAGAACAUCAAAAAACUUGUUCAAGAAUUGUAUGGGGUGAUAAACUAUGGAGAACUGUACAAGAAGCUUGGAGUAAUCACCGAUAAAACCUUCAUGAAACUCAGUCAGCUAAUUUACACUGGAGAAACCAUUAUUAGAGUAAAGGGCAAGAACAACAAAAUCAAAACUCCGAUGUGUCGAGCUUUGGUGAAGCUCAAUCAGCUUGACCAGAAGUAUGAAGAAGUAAAAUUGCCGAACCGAGUGACCAUUGAGCUGAGACCCAAAGACAUUGCUUCCUACAUGAGAGUGCAGUCUUUAGCUCAGAAUCCCCGACUAAAGACCACGCUGCCCAUUCAGAAACGUUUGGGAUCGCUUCUCCAAUGUCUGAGCAAAAGAUGGAAGUCUGUCGACGCCCAGAACUACGAACAAGCGGUGGUUUCCACCAAUCCAGUUACAAGCGACUGCGUACCUGCAAAGCAAGAAGUCGAUGAAAAAAUGAUGCUGGUCAAGCCUCCAUUAAGGCUGAGCCCUCCUUCUGAUGCGAAAAUCGAACUGCCCGCGAUCAACAUCAGUGAAUAUCUCACUAGGCAAACGAUUUGCUUAACUGCGUAUGAAAGCCGGUUGGGAAUCGACACGUUCAGAGAGCUUAAAACGCAAAUUCCCAAAAAGAAAAAGUCCAAGUUAGAUAUAGAGCUUAAGGUUGAGCCGGGCGUUGAUUGUAAAGUUGCUGAAACCAGUGGAAGCGUGGUUAAAUGUGAACAAGAGAAAAUGGAAGAAAGCGAGGUAAACAGCUACGAUGAUAACGAACCAGAUGCCUCAUUGGCUGAAGCCAUUCAUGACGCUGUAAAUACCAUUCUGGCUUUGCAAACGGUCGAUCGUCCUUCGUCUGAGGCAAGUGAAAACGAGGACUUGCCAUCCAAACCUGAGAUUGCAAAGCGCGAUUCACCACCGAAGAGCGAGCCGAAAGAAGUGAGCGAAGAAGACCUGGAACACAUUGAUAAUAUAAAAAAGGGAUGGACGGAGGCCACCAGUGAGAGCUUGAUGAUCGGGGAAAUUUAUCUCAUGUAUGGAUCUGAUGGAAAACUGAUUCUGGAAUAUGGUUGGGAUGGCGAUAGCAAAGAGAAUGCGAACAGGCAAGAGAAGAAGGUUGCAGCAAAUUUUCUGGAAAUGUGGAAUGACUCCUACGAAGAGUCCUGGGAAAUGAAGCAGCGGAACUUGACGUCGGCCCUUUCAAAGCUCCUGUCUUUAGCUAAGCUGCAUUAUAGACCCAACAGUGCCAAGUGCGCUUGUGGGCAUGUUUGCAACGACAAAUCCAUGAAAACUUCCACUAUCGGAGGCCCGCGGCCAAACAAACGAAACAGUUCGGCGCUGGAUAACAAUUUGAGAUCCAGUUCAAUGCAAGUGGAUAAUGCGGCUGCUACAACUUCUAGUAUUGUGCCAAAUGGAAACGCCCACGUUUCCAGCAAUGUGUUUCGGCCCCCGACCCAUAUACUUGCCAAUAAUGUUCCGGUGCCCACCAUGCAACAACAGUUGAACUCCAUUCAAAAACUCAAGCCGAAGUUUUGCAACCGGAAAGGCCGCAGGCCGAGGCAAAAACAGCUGGUGGUCGAGCGAAAACUUCCGCUGAUGCCGAAUAACUUGAGCGGGCAUCAAAUCGUUAGAAUGAGUAUAAUCUCUCAAGAAGCGGCCGCUAUUAAAGCUGAAACUUUAGUGGACUCAGCAGAAAUUGGUGGGCAAGAAGAAAUCACGGAUCCCGAUGAAGAAAACAGCGUUAUUUCAACAGUGCCUCCGAGUCCAUCGCGCAUUCUUAAGGAGGGCGAAAGUGAGUGGAUCAAUGCGGAUGUAGCGGAUUACUCCCUAAGCAGCCUACUGGGCCACUUGGAAAGCCCAGUUAAGGGGACUUCGGCUCUUGGGGCUUUAAAUACGAACAUGGCAAGCGAUUUGUCAAAUGAAAUGGAUGCACAACUCCAAUCACUCAUGACUGAGAAUAGUAUGGAUUUUGCAGCUAGUUUUGCAGAUUUGGCCGCUAGCGUUGCUAACGACCGGAAAUUUUAGAAAAAGGGCAAGUAAUGGCUUUUUAUUUAUUGCGGCAGACUGUCCGUUUUUAUCACUUUAACUUUCAUUAACUACGGCUAGUAGUUUAAAUGAUUUUAAAUUUUACUUAACGUUUCUGUAUAUACAUGGAAAUAAAGGCAGUGAGACUGCACGGAGGAUGCUUACGUGUUGGUUGGGUGUAGAUGUUAAGAAGUUCAAUUAGGACUUACUUCAGUUUAGAGAAGCUUUAAUAUAUCUCAUCCUUUGCUACUACUGCGCUACUAGUUUAGGCAAUAAAAUAAUCUGCAUACAUAUUUUAAUUGUAUCUGUGAUUUUAGUAGUUUUAACUCAUUUUUGACUAGAUCUUAUUGACAAAGUUUUAGAUGUAUUGUAACUGUUUCCUAAUCGUUUUUUAAACCCUUCCCUUAAUAUGAGCGUUUUGAUCGAUUCAAUUUUAUGAACUAACAGAAAAUACGAUUUUUUUGCAUUUAUCUCGAUUAGGAGCAGAAAUGUUCAAUGCAAUAAUAGAAAUAAAUAUCAAUUAGUAAA